GACCCUUCCCCGACCCUGCGCAAGCGGGAGCUACAUGCACCGGGCUGCCCUUUUUUUUUAGAGAAUUUAUUAGGACACUAACAUUCUGGUCUGAGACUGAAACUUUUAGCAACUAUUUACACCAUUUUUUAGUCCACGGCUGUUCCCUAGUAGCGUAUGGAUCAGGGGCGGAUGAUGUAUACCUCUUUACUAGCAAUAUGUUUGGUCCGCCCCCCUUUGGAGUUGUAUGCCAGUUACAGAUUUACAGACCAAUAUGUUGCAUAUACCAAAACUAACCCCUACAUGAAUGGUUGCACAAUUUUGUGUGGUGCUAACUUGUUAUGUUGCUGUGUAGUGCGUCAACUUUAAUUUAUGUUAAAAGUUACUCUCACGUGACGACCCUGCUGAUCCUUCCUGUUCCAGUGUUCUGUGGGGCAUUUCAUAUGCUCUUCUUGCCGUCCCAAGCUCGUGCGCAACAAUUGUCACUUAUGCUCUGCUGAAACUACCUUCAAGCGCUGUUUAGGGAUGGAACGUCUCAUGGAAUCAGUCAUGGUCGCUUGCUCCAAUGCAAAAUAUGGAUGCGCAGAGAAGCUCACCUACUACGAGAAAGAAGAGCAUGAGAAGGCAUGCCCGAGCGCCCCAUGUUUCUGCCCGGUGUCCAGCUGCAGCUUUGCAGGGCCAACAGACGCCCUCCUUGAACAUUGCGCCUCCCAGCACAAGUGGCCGUGUACAACCAUCAAAUACUCCGAAGAUGUUAACUUCAGCCUAGAACCAGGUCUACAUUUUCUUCGUAUCAAAGACAGGGAAAUUUUCCUGCUCAACGUGGCACUAGAGGCAUUCGGGCAUGCCAUCUCUGUCGUCUACAUCCAACCUAAAGCUACAAACUCCAAGUUCAAGUGUAGGAUGUCCUAUGGUUCCUUUUUGACAGACUAUUAUCAGAUAUCAGUUUACAAGAUACGAAGCUCAUCGUUGUCUGAUGGGCUACCGAAGGGAUACAACUUAAUUCUGCUCAAAGAUGAGAUAGCUGAUGAUGGAAAGGGUACCUUGCUUACAUUCUCCAUUGAUGAUCCUAAUCCUAAAGUAAAGGCGCGUGAGCCCAUAUGUCUGAAACCGGUACGCGGUGUAUGAUUGAAGUGGUAAGGUUCAGCGUGGAUGUUUGCGGCCUUCACUGUUUGGGUUUCAUGACUUGUACCCCCUCCGUUCCUAAAUAUAAGUCUUUUUAGAGAUCCCAAUUGGGACUACAUAAGGAGCAAAAUGAGUGAAUGUACACUCUAAAAUAUGUCUAUAUAGAUCUGUAUGUAGUUCUUAUUGAAAUCUCUAAAACAACUUAUAUUUAGGAACGAAGGAAGUACUAUAUGCUAAGAGGCUUUAUGAUCUCAGACUCUGCUUCGUAGUUGUUUCGAUGAAGUGCACUCUGUUUAGGUUUUCCAGUUCAUGUAAGGAAUGUUUUACUGAUUUGGGAGGCACCGGAUCAAAUGUUUGAUGCUAUGAAAAU